AUGAAGAUCACUGUUGAGACGUCCGCGGGCAAGAAAGUUGCCGUCGAUGUUGAUGAGAAUGAAGCGGAAAACACAAAGAUAGCCUUUGUCCGGGAGCCGGACUUUGGAAUCAGAAUGUUGGUCUCGGUUAAAAAGGCUGCCAAACAAUACGCAGUCUGCGGUAAGUGCACGUCAAUCCAGCGACAGUGAAGCUGUUUCCUGACCAUCUGAACGAAGUGGCGUUUCUUCACAAAUAUAAUUUUGCAAAAAUUAAUUUAGGAGAAGAUCUUUGGCUGUUUUUUUUUUGGCUUGUCGGUACAAAACCUUGUUUUCUGGUCGGAAAAUAACGUUUUAAAAUUUCCUUUAUUUUUUUGACAUAAUUUUCGUGCUGCAAAAGUGCUUCUAAAAGAAUUUUGAUACCUAAAAUCUUUUGAUUUCGAUAGUGUGUGGAUGAAACGUGUGAACGGGUCAGGAAAUGCGCUAGAUUGACGUGAAGUGACUUUACCGUGGUUAAGAUUUCUUUUCAGAAGACACAUUUCAGAUCUUUGUCACGACUCUGGUUGGUAAGACCUUCACGUUGAAUGUAAAGGCUUCGGAUACCACGGAGAAUGUGAAGGCAAAGAUCCAGGACCAACACGGCACUCCACCAGACAUGCAGCGUCUAAUGUUCAAAGGAACGGAACUCAGAGGAAACUUGAGGCUCAGAGAAUACAGUAUCCACAACGGCGACACUCUUCAUCUGUUGUUGCGUCUUUAG